CCUUGAUUCAUUAUUUCGAAUUACGCAACGGUGUUCAUGUUUAUCCGGAAGUGACGUCAGCAGGUCUCGCGGAGUUUUUUUUGGGUUGUAUUCACACUGGUUGUGUUCAGGAUGGUGAUCAAGGUUGUUUACUGGGAUAUUCGUGGGCUUGCUCAGCCCAUUCGCCUGCUGUUAGAGUACACUGGUGCUGAAUGGGAGGAUAAAUUCUAUUCCUGUGGUGAAGCUCCUGAUUAUGAUAAAAGCUGCUGGUUCAAUGAGAAAGCCAAGCUUAAAAUGGACUUUCCUAAUCUGCCCUACCUUGAGGAUGGAGAGAGGAGGAUAGUGCAGAGUAACGCCAUAAUGAGAUACAUUGCCCGCAAACACAACCUCUGUGGCGAGACUGAGGAUGAGAAAAUCAGAGUGGAUAUUUUGGAGAAUCAGGCAAUGGACUUCCGCAAUGGUUUUGUCAUGCUCUGUUACCUAGAUUUUGAUAACAAAAAGCAGGGCUACUUGGAUGCACUUCCAGGAGUUCUGAAGAAGUUCUCUGAGUUUUUGGGAGAGAGGAAGUGGUUUGCUGGUGAUAAGAUCACAUUUGUGGACUUCAUCAUGUACGAAUUGUUGGACCAGCACCGCAUGUUUGAGCCCAAAUGCCUGGACAACUUCAAGAACCUCAGAGAUUUACUGGACAGAUUUGAGGCACUUGACAGGAUCUCAGCCUACAUGAAAUCCAGCAGAUUUAUGAAAACACCUGUCAACAACAAGAUGGCAAAGUGGGGAAACAAGAAGGAAUAAAAACAGUGGCACUUUUCUGGUGAUAGUACUUUGAAGUACUGCUCUGUAGUUGAUGUUACUGGAGUUUUUGCCAUGUAAUGUUCUAAAUCACCUUAAAAAGCCUUAAAAUGCAUUAAUCUUUUUGAUAUGAAUAAAAACAAGCAGAGCACUUAUUAUGAGUUGUUUAUAGCUGUGAUGAUUUUGUUUACUACUUUUAAAGAGUGAUGCAUUGUGCUCCAUUCUUAUUUUCACUCAAUAAAGAAAUUGUAACAAUUGGCAA